GUCACCCGCACCAGCAUUCAGUGUGCAAUAGUAGCGUAGCGAUACAGUAGCACAGCCUCGUCACGGGGAUGUCUUGCACAGCCACAGAAGUCGAGACUAGUCUUGUCGGUACAGAGAUGAGUGAGGUGCUCACACCGCCCGACGCCAAGACCAUCUGUUCCUUCUACUUAGAGGGAAGGUGUCGCUUUGGUGAGCAGUGCCACAACGUUCAUCCUGCGGGCGUGGUGCCGUCGAGGAUCAUCAAGCCCAAGAGAGUAGUGAAGAGCGAGCGCCAAGAAACCGACGAAAAGAAGCCUCCUCUAAGGACUGCUGGCGAUGUGAGAAAAAGAAUUCAGUGGGAUGUAGAUCUUCCCAAGGAACAUUUCACAAUCGGGUACCUAGACAGAUUCACUGGUGUGGUGGAGAAGCCCUUCACUGCCUUCACGUGGGAACAUCUGUCCAUGGUGGAUCUGGACCAGCUGGCGAUACCUCAGCAUCGCAUUCAGUACUACAAGUAUAAGAAUGUCAAAGUUUGGGACAAGAGUGAGCGGCUGGACCUCGUGUUUGGCAGCGCGGGCGGCAACACCACCAUUGGAGAGGUGAUCCAGAGAGUGGAGGAUGAACUGGCCAAGCAUACCUGUGUUUCUGAUGAGGACUGUGAGUGACCUACAGAUGGAAGGAACGUAGCCUGGCUUCAGAAUACACUUGUUUAAUUGAUUUCCGAAAGGCAGAAUCUGAGGAGUCUUAUCUCAUCUCUCUGAGAGAGAGAGAGAGAGAGAGAGAGAGAGAGACAGAGAGAGAGAGAGAGAGAGAGAGAGAGAGAGAGAGAGAGAGAGAGAGAGAGAGAG